AUGCAUCGUUCUAAACAUCGCUAUAUUUACAAUAUUCAUGUACGACGAUUUGCAUCAUCUGUGUGUGGAUUAGGUGGUCGAAAUUUAUAUGAAUUUUUAAGAUUAAAUUUGCCAGAAGCAUUUCCAUCUAUACCAACAUUAGAAUCUUAUAGUAAUGGAUAUUGUACACGUAUUGAAGAAGGCAAAUUUCAUUCCACCAGUGUCAUCAGCAAAGUACAAUAUGAUAUUGAAAGUAAUUCUUUUAUUGGUUUUUGUGUGAAAUUGGUGAAUGGUUUACCUUUAACUCGUCAAUAUCAAACAGAUAAUUUUACAGAAUUGGAAAAUUGGUUUGAAACAGCUAAUCAAGCAACAUUAGUAAAUAUUAAUACUGUUCAACCAAUAACAAAUGUAACAUCACCAUCAUUUCUUUUAUCUGGUUUUGGUACAGAUAAUUCAUAUGAUACUAUUUCAAUAAUUUGUCGUUGGCUAUAUGUCUAUGAACAAUGUCAAACUCAUAAUAUUCGAGUCGUAGGAUUUGCUAGUGACGCAGAUCCCAAAUACCUCAGAGCUAUGAGAUUAGCUACUGGUUAUUUUGCACAACUUCCAAACAUUAAUCUAUUAAAUCGAGAUGAUAUAUUUAAUAUACAAAUUCCAAAGUCAUGGUCAUCAUGGUUUUUUUUACGAUCAAAACAAUUGUUUGUUUGUUUUCAAGACCCGAUUCACAUUUGCACUAAAUUAAGAAACAGAUUGUUAUCUAAGUCAGCAGCAUUAUUUAUUGGUUCAUACAGAAUUGCUGCAAAAGAUCUUCAAGAUCUCAUACAAGGUGAAUCGAAAUUAGAUCAUGGAUUAGUUUUAUCUGAUUUAUAUGUAAAAGAUAAACAAAAUUAUUCAUCUUGUGUCAAAAUAUCAUCAUUAAAUAUUUUAAACAUGUUGGAAAAAAAUUAA